GAUGCCGACUGCACCGCGGAGACGGACGGUCAGCAUCAAGAGGCGACAUGCCUGCUGCUGCUCCUCACCCGUUUGUCCUUAGACCCUCUGACACCCACAUCCUCACCACCUCCACCCUGCGGCACUGAUGAAGCCUCCUCUGUCGAACCCACACCGGGCCGAAGGGCGGAUAGAGGAGAGAGAGGAUGUACUGGCGCGUCGGCUUCGCCUGGAGCCGCUCCUGCGCGCUUGAGCUGAGCCAGAACAAGAGCCUCUCGCUCGGCUUGUGCGGCUCUGAGGAGCAUCUCUCGUUGUAUGGGUACAUUAUCGCCUACCCGCUGCAGGAGUACGGAGGGAUCAUGUCUGCGUUAGGAUUCGACUCAUGGUGGAGGAAAACGCUCUACAUCACCGGGGGCGCGUUGCUCACCGCCGCUGCCUAUUUACUACAUGAGCUGCUUGUCAUUAGGAAGGAACAGGAGUUGGACUCUGAAGAUGCCAUCAUUCUGCAUCAGUUUGCCCGGCCCAAGACUGGAGUCCCUAGCCUGUCCCCUUUCUGCCUGAAGAUAGAAACAUACUUGCGGAUGGCGGACCUUCCUUACCAGAACUAUUUCGAUGGGAAGCUGUCUCCUCAAGGGAAGAUGCCAUGGAUGGCGUAUAAUAAGGUGCAGGUGUGCGGGACAGAGUUCAUCAUUGACUUCCUGGAGGAGAAGCUUGGCGUGAACCUCAACUCCAGCCUGAGUCCUCAGGAGAAAGCCAUCUCACGUGCCAUCACCAAAAUGGUGGAGGAACACUUCUACUGGACGAUAGCAUACUGUCAGUGGGUGGACAAUGUGGAAGAGACGCAGAAGAUGUUAGCCACAAACGGGCCGCUGAGUGACCUGCUCAGAUGGAUCUUGAGUCAGGUGACCGGCAGCAUCGUGAAGAGAGAGAUGCACGGCCACGGGAUCGGACGCUUCUCCAAAGAGGAGGUUUACUCUCUGAUGGAGAAAGACAUGCGCACCCUUGCCACAUUCCUUGGCAAUAAAAAGUAUCUAAUGGGCCCGAAGCUCUCCACAGUAGAUGCUGCUGUAUUUGGUCAUCUCGCUCAGGCCAUGUGGACUCUCCCAGGGACACGUCCGGAGCAGUUAAUCAAAGGCGAGUUCAUCAACCUGGCCAUGUACUGUGAGCGAAUCCGCCGCAAAUUCUGGCCGGAGUGGUUUGUGGACGUCGACGACCUUUACUACGACGGACUGAGCGAGGAGCCGGAUUCUCCUUCCCAGCUUCUGGAUUUGGGUCUCUACUCACGCAGCGGCAGCUUCCAGGAGCAGGAAAGCGCUCUGUCGCACCACGACACGCCAUCACCGGACAGCGAUAUCACCGGGCGCUCUCUGUUCGACUCGGACAUGGACACCGAAUGCUCGGAAAUAGAGCAGUUGAAGUGAAAACCACACCCUCUUGAUGAUGUAUCUGCACGGGCCCCACCCCCUUUGUUCUCCCACAAGCCCUUUAGCAGGGGAAGGGCUGGUCAAAUAAAGGCGU